AUGCCGCUCAUCGCAUGGGAACAAGCGACGCCAGAGUACUUGGAGACGUUUACAAGUACGUUUUUACGCUCCGAGGCCGAGCGCCGAGGCUUGGACGCCUCUGGAACAGAGUCCGAGUUAAUUGAUCGAAUCAUCCUGGACAUCCGCGUCCGCGAAAGUCUGAAGGAACCCGAAGUUGUUCUAUUUGCCGACGACAUUGGCACUUUACAAGUGGCGCAGCAAGCUACAUCUCCUCCGUCACAAGUCCCCAGCGAUCUUGUUGCGACUUUGGCAACCUGCCUUGAGCAGAACGCUAGGUUUUUGGCUCGAAUGCAGGAGUCCUUCGCCCUGAGACCGACCCAAUUGACAACGCUACCCGGCUUGUCGCAAACCCUUUCAGUGUUUGACGACUCAAAACAGCUGUCCUCACGUCGCUGGAUUGAGAAAUUGGAGCGAGCCCAAAAGCUCGCAUCCUGGAACGACGACGCCCUGCGCGCUAUCGCCCAAGGACUUCGUGACGAUCACCUCAUCUCCGCCAUCGCCGCCCAGAGACCCGCAACGGUCGACGGGUUUACCGCAAUCGCUACCGACCUGGACAACGCUGCAUUGCACAUCAAGCGAGCUCGACCGGACAAGCUAUCUGGAUUCCAGACAGACCAAAGCCCCCGCGCACCUUCGACACCGUCAACCUCCGAGAAGAGUGCACCGCUGCAACCCCGUCCCAACUAUACAUCAAGACAGCAGCGUUCCAGAUCCCUCUCGGCAGAAGAGCAGAAUGCUAGUUUCGAUGCCAUAUCACAGAAGUAUGGUGUGGCAGCCUUUCGUCCUGGGCAGAAUUUGGAAGAAGCCGUGUGUUUCCACUGUCGCCAAAAGGGACAUCUCGCGUCCAAAUGCCCAUUCAAGUCAUCUGCUGCGACAACCACUUUGCCCAAAGCGCCAGCACUUCAUAGCAGCCCUGUUGAGACGCUUGAUGGUUCGCAAGUGCAAUGUGCUCUUGUGACUGCCACCAUCGCAGGUAUUGGCCAAGUUGAUGCGUUCCCUGAUGGUGGAUCCAAGGUGACACUAGUGUCCCGUGAGCUCGUCAGCUCUGUGCCCCUUCUACCUUGGACUCGAGCACCCCUUGUUGUAGUUUUAGGAACGUCAGUUAUCCCAGCUGGUGCCAUCUGUCUAAAAAUUUCCGUUGGCCUAGUCACUGGAGUGAUCGAAGCCGCAGCCCUUGACCACAACGCCCUCCCAGUGAUCUUGGGUGAAGACUGGUUUUUCUCCAGCAAAGCACAGCUAAUCUUCCAGCCACCCAGCCCCACCAAAAUUUGCCAUUCCCCAACUGGAACAAGCAUUCAGUGCCAUGAACGGUUGCUUCCUCGGAUGGCAAAUGCUGUAAUGCUGGAAGCUUCAGCUUUCCGUCACUGUGUCCAUGGACACCACAGCCCAGCGGGGCUACAGCAGCUUCCUUUACCAGGCCCACACCAGCCCUUGUGGGCCGCAUUGACAGCCGAGCCACAGCCCAAGCACACAGUGCCCCCGACAGUGGACGUCUGCAUUGACCCAGCCCUGCCUGCAGCGCAAGUGGGAAGCCAUCUGCUAGACCCACAGAAGACUAAGCUCUCAACCUUGUUGUCCAAACAUGCAGAUGUGUUCACCCACGGGGAAGAGGAUGUUGGCUUGUACGAGGGCGUGGAACAUGCGAUAGAUCUGCUUCCAGAUGCAGCUCCCUAUAGCCGGUCUCCGUACCGCUAUGCUGCUGAAGACCGUCGUUUCCUCGAAGAACAGACAAAAUCGCUCCUUCGCCAGGGCAUCAUCCUCCCAGCAACGGGCCCGUGGGCUUUCCCAGUGGUUGUCACCAGAGGUACAAAGAAACGUCUCUGUGUCAACUAUGUGCCCCUCAACAAGAUGACUAUCAGUGUCAUCCAGCCUCUCCCCCACGCUGACGAUAUCAUGGAUGAUAUCGAAGGCUCUUCGUACUUCGCUUGUGUUGACUUGAAGUUUGCAUACUGGCAGGUUCUCGUCCGCCCGGAAGAUCGUGAGAAGACGGCCUUUGUGACUCAUCAUUGAACAUUCAUGUGGACCCGUAUACCUUUCGGACUUAAGAAUGCGCCAUCGACGUUUCAACGUGCCAUGCACUCCGUCUUGUCCGAUUUGAAGCCACAUUGCUCAUAGUGUGGCGUGCGAGUCUACCUGGACGACGUCCUGAUCUUCGCUUCCACUUUUGACGAGUUCCUGAAACUCCUUGACGACGUCCUUCGCACCAGUGGCUUCAAAGUGUCGCUGGAAAAGUGCAGGUUUGCCCUGCAAGCCAUCAAGUUUCUUGGUUUUAUCCUAAGCAAGAAUGGAAAGCACCCAGACCCAGCCAAAGUUGAUGUGAUUCUGCGCAUCCCCCGCCCUACGAACAGCAAAGCUGUUUUGUCUUGGCUCCAGACGGCCAACUUCUACCGUCGCUUUGUCAAGGAUUUCUCAAAAAUUGCAGCACCACUCCAAACUAUCAUUCGGUCUCAAGAGUUCACUUGGACUGACGCUUGUGAUGACGACUUCGAGAAGAUCCGCAAGGCACUGACAGAAGCACCUCUUCUUGGUCACUUUGAUCCAGAUGCCCCAACCACUGUGACAACAGAUGCAUCGGGAACAGCAGUUGGUGCUGUGCUUUCCCAGAAA